UCAGCCACCUGCGUAUCCAAGGCCGGCUCGGGGACCAAGUUUGUGGGAAAUCCUCCUCAUCCCUAUCAAGGAGAGGUGAUGAAAGAGUCUUAUCCCACCUGGGGGGGUCCCCUCGAUGCUCCCCAGCCUACGUGUGAGGAAAUCCAGCAGGCUGUGGAAGGGAACGCACCUGGGGGUGGCCCUCCGGCUGGACAGGGGACCAGGCCAUCUUCUCGGACCUUCACAUACAGCUUUGUGGGCAGAAUCUGGCACAGUGAGACUGCCUCGAGGACUCUUAUGAACAGCACCUUGGAGUCAAGUCCAAGUCCAGCAAUGGCCACAAAGGAGCCAAGGCGGGCGUAUGGGGGUUGGGCCUCACGGGACGUGACCGUGCUAGAGCUCAGCUUAGAGCCCCAGGAUUUGAGUGCCGAAGAGCCCAGGAAGGUCGAGGAGGCCCCUGCCUGGGGAGUCACCUUAGAACCCCGUGUGCUGGCCAACAACCAAGGCCUCCGUGGCGAGCUGAGAUCAGGGUCUUCAGGGAAAAGCGACAGCCCCCUGCCACCUACAAAGUUGGUCGCCCGAGACCCCAAAGAGCUAUGCCUUGAGGCUCGGCGCAGGGGAUUGGAGUCCCGGAAGUUUAUGGGGACAGAGAACUGGCCUCGGGCUGCCAGCCCCACCGUGCUCCUUCAAGACUGUGAGACUGGGGUCCUCCUUCAAGACUGUGCCACUGAGCGUCUCCUUCAAGACUGUCAGUCCAACGUGUUCCUCACUGCCGACGUCUUGGCUUCUCAGGGAUGUCUGUCUGGCUUCCAGAGCGGGUCCAGCGAAGACACAUCUACUACCCAGGUGCCACGUGGCCCAAGAUCCCGUGGCCAGAGCCCCCACAGGCAGCCGGGACCCCCGGGACUACAGCACCAAUGGAAGAGCCUGAGCAGGUCAUGUGUCCCCCCCGAGGAGAGAGAGAGCUCCAGGAGGUCCCCCUCGAAAAAGCCUGACAAAGAGUUGUCCGAACUGAAGGUCCUCCCGAUCAGUGAGGUGACGCGCCCCGUCCGGAGCCAGGAGUCCGCAGAGGCCUCGGGAAGCAAGGCCUGUGAGAUCUCGGGGAAGGAGUCGGCGGCGCCUCCGGAAAACUACUUCAGGAGAAGGAUGAAGCACGUGCUCCAGUGGUUCCUUCCCAGUAGAGGCAAGGGACUGGAAGAUUCCCUUCAAAAGGGCAAGUCUUCGUCAUCCCAGGGCCGGGGACAAGCCACAGGCAGGUCGGCCAUGGACAGCGCUUCUGCCGAGGCUCAGGUGGUCGUGACCGCGGUGGGGCGGAUCCUAGAGGAGAAAAUGGUGCCUCACCAGGGACUCAGGGCCCCGGAGUUCAGCUGGUGCCAAAAGGAUCUCCAGGCUUCGGCAGACCCCAGUGUCUGCUACCACAGGGUCCUCUCCUACCAAGAGCAGAGGAGGGUGAUGAGGGAGACAGCCAGCCCACAGGGCACCCCCAGGGGCCGCAGCUAUGCCAACAAGACCGAGUGGAUCGCGUGGCCCUUCCCCACCCGGGUGCCGGUGGGCCCAGGCAGACCCUGCCAAUGCAGGUCCCAGGUGCCAGGCCCUUCACACCGCACCCUGCAGCCGCACUGCCCCAGGCACUGCCUCCUUCAAAGAUACAUCGCACCCGGC